AUGUCUUUGGAGCGUAUGUGGGGUGGAGCAGAAUCUCAGUUACCGUAUCACCCAACCGCCUUUUUACUCCACUCUCGAAUGUAUCAGUCUCAUUGCGUUUGGACCAUCAAUAUUUCUCGCUAUCGAAGUGUUUAUUUUUACCAGGUUACAGAGAACGAUCAGGCCGACAAGCGGGGCACAGACAUGUGCACUGCAUCUUUCCUCUCUACUGGCUGCCAUGGGCAACCCCAGAAUCCCCAGAGUCCGCCGUGCAAUGCACACCAAAGCGUAGAGCAGAAUACAAACCUCUCACGAACAAUCAUACCAAUGGCUGCUCUCUCUCUCCUCGCUGUUGCUGCUCUCGCCACUGCGGCCAACGCCCAGUCGUUGAACCUCAUCAACAAGUGUACUGAGGAUGUCUUCAUCUUCACUCAGACCAGCUUCGGUACCAUUGACAACAAUGUUGUCGUUGCUGCCGGUGCCAGCUCUGACUUGGGCAUCAGCACCAACUGGGACGGUGCCGUCAACGUCGGUACUGGUUGCUCGAGCGACGGUUUAACUUGCACCACUGGUGGCCCCACUUGGGACGGUACUACUCCCUACUCCAGGGCUGAGUUCAACUUCUACGCUGUUCCAGGAAGCGUGACCUACGACAUUUCUUUGAUCUACGGUUACAACGUCGGAAUGGAGAUCUCCUCCGCUGACACCACCUGUGACGCUUACGCUUGCACCAUCUCCUCUGGAUGCCCCGUCCCUGGACCGGGAUCCGGUACCUGCUUCUCCCCCUGCUGCUCGUCUUCGUCGGCCUGCAGCGGUGGUGCUCUCCCCGCUAGUGGAGGAGGAUGCACCAACAACGCUGGCCCUGGCCCCAACAGCCCCUUCUACUACAACACUUGCACCAACGCCUACGCUUUCCCCGACAACGAUGGCGCUGCUGGCUACACCCCUGCUGACAACGUUGACUUCACUUGCGGCAACCCUGCCCUCACCCUCACCCUCUGCCCUGGCACCACCUCCAACAUCCCCAAGAGGAAGUAA